AUGGCGGUGGGAUGGGCAUGCACUAUCAGCCUCAUUGUGUGUUCACUCGCCCUUGCGAUUAGCUUUUUGAGAACUGCCAUUUCGGAUGCCCACGCCCUUCUUUCAUCGUAUCCACAGCCGCUGACUUACGAAGAGUUAACAGCUCCCUUGGCAGAUGCAGCCCGGCAUUCUGUUGUUGUCCGGGAUGCGUCUACGCAGAAGGAGCGCACGGUCAGCGUGUUGGCAUCGCCAGCAGGGCAAUCUGGUCGAACACUAGUGUUAGUACACGCGUUUAAGAUGAGUGCCUUGACGUGGUCCCCGGUGUGGAACGAACUUCGCAAUCGUGGCCACCAGGUUCUUGCUCUUGACUUGGCAGGCCACGGACAAAGCAACUUGUCGAAGGAGGCGCUUGAGCUGGUUUCUUUAUCUUCUGAUAUUCGACACGUGCUGGACCAUUUUGACGUGCGCAAUGGUGGUAUAGUGGGGCACUCACUUGGAGGCUUCUUGGCCAUGAUGUAUUUGGUUGAGCACGCUUCGCAUGCAUUGCAACGGGUACCACUCGGAUUCGCAUGUCUAGCGUGCACGGGUGGACAUUUUGGGCACUUCAUCGGUGGAGCAGGUGGGAAUUGGCACGGAAAUCUUUUGAUGACCACGGGGAUCGAAGACGCCCACGGCGAAUCACCGCGGCCCCCUGCCUUUUUGGAAGCGCCUCUGUGGGCGACAGCUGGGCCAGAGCUUGGCCAAACUAUCGGGCCAGUUGUUCCCCGAGUCGGUUUGGAACGACUUCGGGGAACGCGUGGUGCAGCAAGAAGAGGAGGAGGAGGAGGAGGAGGAGGAGGAG